AUUUACUUGGCAAAAAAAGAAGAAUAAUAAUUUAAUGAAUUUUAAUUUUGUAAAUUUGUAUGUGGAAGAAUGCUGGCCAGUCAAGAACGUCCACAUCCAGAAGAUGGAAGUAGCGGAGAUGAGGAUGCUUAGAUAGAUGUGUGGCCAUACUAGGAGAGAUAUGAUUAGGAACGAAGUUAUACGGGACAAGGUCGGAGUGGCCUCUGAAGAGGACAAGACGAGGGAUGUGAGACUGAGAUGGUUCGGGCAUGGGCAUGUGAAGAGGAGGCGUGAGAGAUUGGCAGUAGCAGGAGUUAGGAGAGGUAGAGGUAGUCUAAAUAAGAACUGGGGGAGGUGAUUAGACAAGACAUGGCACAGCUUCAGCUGACUGAGAACAUGACCUUAGAUAGGAAGAUUUGGAGGUCGAGAAUUAGGGUAGAAGAUUAGUGGGUAGUUGAGUUUUUGUCGCUAUGUGUAGGAGAGGUAGGGGACUAGCCUCUUCAUCUCAUCUUCUCCUUUUCUUAGUAGUAUUAUUUAGGUAUCGCGUAGAUCCCUACUCUUUUUGAGCCGAGGGUCUAACGGAAACAACCUCUCUACCCACAAAGGUAGAGGUAAGGUCUGCGUACAUCCUACAACCCCACUUUGUGGGAUUACAUUGGGUAUGUUGUUGUUGUUUAGAUUCAUGAAAAUUGCGUAAAGAGAGAAUAUUGUCAAACAUUUUAGGAUGUUCUAAAGUGGGUAGAUUGUCAUAUAAAAUUGGAUAGAGGGUGCAAUUUUCAUUGUAUCAGUAAUGCAGUACAAAGUGUUUGUGGGAAUAAUCAUUAUUGAGUAUUAAUUUUGCAGGUGGUUAAUGGAUUUGCAUUUAUCCAAAAUAGAGCAAAAGAAGAUGGAAAGACUCAAACCUCCCGGUGAUAUGAGUUUACCUGAAUCAUUGCUUAGAGAAGAUGAUUUACAUUAUGCGAACAUUCAAACUUCUGUUGCAAAGGCAUUUGGAGUGCAUAAGGGUGAAAGGACAUAUCAUGGUGCGCCAGCCACGUUGCUCUCCAAUUCAGCUGAGAAUUUGAGAGGCACUUCUUCCAUGCUUGAUAAGAUGAACAACAAGGGGCUAUGCUAUAUUGCAGAGACUGUAACUGACGGCUCAAUUACUUUUGAGAAAACCAAUUGGCAAAUGAGAAGGAUAAUCAAGCAAUUUCUUCCCAAAAUUCUCCAUAAGCAUGAUGGUUCCAGUCAAACUCGAAUUAAGCAAAUUUCUCAACUCCUCAAAAAUCCUCAAAACUUCCGUGCUAAUCACGGGGCUUCUUGUUUUACCUCAGAAUCCUUUCGCAGUGCUGCUAUUUAUGUUCUGGAUAGACUCAAAAAGCUGUGUCCUCGAACUGUGGCUAAAAUGCAUAAGAAUCUGAGGGAUGUCACAGAUUACGUCCCUAAGACGCAAUCUGAAAUAAAAGAUAGGAAACGUUUAGUUAAAAAAAAUCAGGGGAAUAUCAUUGAAAAUGUUAUCAGACUAUGAAGAAGGGGAUGAGCCACCAGAGCCCCUGGCGAAGGCUUUGUCCGUAGCAGCCUUAAUGCUAAAACCAGAACUUGAUUAUUGUCCCUCUCAAAUGUUUUUCCAAAAACUUUCUAUAGAUGUAGAAGCAUUGCAGAAUGAUAUAGCAAAAGCAAUCAGGAUUCUAAGUGAUAAAAAUAAAGUAAGUUUCGCAGAGCUGAGAAAGUUGCCUCUUGUGCUGGAUUCUUAUGAUCAAGCUGUCAUAGAUAGUGUUCGUUUGCGUGUGAAUGUGAAGAAACUGUUGACUGAAUAUCUUCUCGAGUGCAGCGACUUGCAGUCUAUCCCUGAAAAUUUACUAGAAAGUCUAGCUAUUAUUAACAAAACAUCUAGGCAUGCAUCUCGGAAAACUUACUCAAACAAGGAGGUAGAAGAAGAAGUAGAAUGUGUGCUGACUAUUAGUGCUCAGAUAAAACAAGUUGUUUGGGAUUUACUCACUCAAUGUGAUGUCAGUGAAGAUUUUGCAAAUGCUUACAUGGAGAAUGUAGAGGAAAGUUAUUAUGAAGGUGGUGAUGAAGAUGAGCAUCUUUCUGAUCUUCCUCAAAAUUGCAGGUCUGAUCCUAAUGUCUCAUACAGCCAAGCAGAAAGUGUCGGCAAUAUAAACCAAAGCAAUUCCCACUCACCAAUCACUGCUGUUCGAGAUGAUGGUUUAUCCUCUCUGCUUUCACCGAAACUCAAGUCGAGCGUCAAACUUGAGUCAAUGUAUAUGGAUGAUACUGAUUCAGUUCAUUCCCAUUGGUUUAGCAAUUCCUCAUCAUUCUUAGAAUCAAAAGCUUCUGAAGACGCAAAGAGUAUGAGUGGUAUAGAUUACCAUUUAAGAAACAUAGGCCAACAGGAAGGAAGGGAUUCAUGCCCAUCUAUGUCAACUAGAGAUCAAAAUAGAUUUUCUACAUAUUUCUCACCUAAUAAAAGAUCAGGCAGGAAUGAUACGGAGGAAAAAGGAACUGCAGGGGACUUGGGAUGCAGACCACCAAAAUUUACAUCGGCCGAGUGUUCAGAAGAAAAAGAUGUAUCGCUUCACAGACAAAACUCGAGUAAAAAUCAGUAUCUUCUUGUCCAGGAAGGUUCUGAUGAGACAAGUAUGGUUGCUUAUAGUCUUGUCGGCUGUAUGCUAAAUAAGUUUGCUGAGUUGGAUGGGUUACAGUUAAAUGAGGAUGAUGUAUCAUAUCUCCAAGGCAAUAUUUCAAAUCCCAAAAAUGAAGUUCUCAAGGACAGGCGAAGCUCUUGUGAUGAGACCACUAAUUCCAUUGUGAUCCAUGUUCUUGAAGAGAUAAUUCCUUCAUUUUCAAACAGAGCCACUGAAGGAGUUGUUGGGCGUGAAGUAGCUUCCGAAGCCUCAAGGCACUCAUUGGAGCAUAGCUCUAAGGUCUCAACUACAUAGAAGCCUUGCUAGAUUUAGUCGGGGAUGAUAUCUAGCAAGGACCAUGAUUUCAUUGUCAUUGGAAAGAGAUUCACUUCAUGUGUGUUAUGCUUACAUGUAAGUAUAGGUUUGA